AUGCCCACGGUGCAGCCUUGGACUUUGGAGCAGCUUGCAAGUAAACGCCUACCUGACGCACAACUCGCUGGGGAGAAGGUCAUGAAAAAGUAUCAACGCGGUCAGCCUUCCGACACACUCUACGUCAAGAAUCUGGCCAAGGCAGUGGAGCUUGCGGAUCUCCUGGCCGUUUUCAGUGCAGUCCUUCCCCCCGAAUCAGGGCCAGAAGUUUUGGAUAUUCGCCACUUCACUGAGGGAAGGAUGAAAUGCCAAGCCUUUGUGAAGUACCCCACGGUUGAGCUCGCUUCCGGCGCGUUACUACAAGUACAUGGAGUUGUGCUGAAGGAGAAACCUCUGAUUGUGGUAAGUGCAUUGAUAAACUGGGUAGGCCACCGUCUGUGUAUGUCGAUACUCACAUUGUUUCAUGUUGUCCCCCAGUGCUUUCGUAAAGCCUAA